CACACACACACACACACACACACACACACAUACACACUGAGCAAUCUCACAGACGAGAGAGGGGGAAAUACACAACGAGUCUGUAUUUACGUGGUGCAUGUGUAUGUGUGUGUUGACUAUGUACAUGGUGUGAGAACCCAGUGUGACUGCCUGGCCGGCAUGGGAUGGUUGGCCGGCUCUGGACUGGUUAUGGACAGGUUUAACCAAAGCAGAGGUACUGAUAUUUGCUGAAGAUGAGUAGUGGGAGGGGGGACACCCCGGAGCCCCCUAAAGGGGGAGACUCUCUGAAGAGGAAGGACUGUCAGUCAGACCUCCUGGGGCCCAGCCCGAAGAGGAGCACUGAGAGGAGGAACCGGGAACAGGAGAACAAAUACAUCGAGGAGCUGGCAGAGCUGAUCUUCGCCAACAUCAACGACAUGGACGACCUCAACGUCAAACCAGACAAAUGUGCCAUCCUCAAAGAGACGGUGAAGCAGAUCAGACAGAUCAAGGAGCAGGACAAAGCUCCAGUGGCUGAUGCUGAGGAGGUGCAAAAGGCCGACGUCUCCUCCACAGGUCAGGGCGUCAUUGAUAAAGAUGCUCUCGGGCCCAUGAUGCUAGAGGCUCUGGACGGCUUCUUCUUCGUGGUCAACAUGGAGGGCAACAUCGUGUUUGUUUCGGAGAACGUCAGCCAGUACCUGCGCUACCAGCAGGAGGAGCUGAUGAACACCAACGUCUACAGCGUGCUGCAUGUUGGCGAUCAUGCCAAGUUCAUCAAGAACCUCCUACCUAAGAGCCUGGUCAAUCAUCGGAGCGGCGACUCAUCCAACAGGAACAGCCACACCUUCAACUGUCGUAUGUUGGUCAACCCUCACGUCGACGGUGAAGCUCGGCCGACCUCUGACCAGCAGGACACGUCGCAUCAGAAGUACGAGACCAUGCAAUGUUUCGCUGUGUCCGAACCCAAGUCCAUCAAAGAGGAGGGGGAAGAUUUCCAGUCUUGUCUCAUCUGCGUGGCAAGAAGAGUCCCCGUCAAAGAGAGACCGGUGAUGCCCACGUACGAGAGCUUCACCACACGGCAGGACCUUCAAGGUAAGAUCACAUCACUGGACACCAGUCUGCUGCGGGCAUCCAUGAAGCCGGGCUGGGAGGACCUGGUUCGACGCUGCAUUCAGAGGUUCCACCUGCAGAAUGACGGAGAGAUGUCCUUCGCCAAAAAGCACCAACAAGACGUGUUGAGGAGCGGCCACGCGCUCAGCCCCAUGUACAGGUUCUCCCUGGCGGACGGAACCAUCGUCUCAGCUCACACCAAGAGCAAGCUGGUCCGAUCGCCUGCCACCAAUGAGCCACAGCUCUACAUGUCCCUGCACAUCCUGCAGAGGGAGAACAUGGGUGGCAUGAAUGCAGAUGCGCCAGGUGGGCAGGGCAUGGUCAAGCCAAUGACCCCGACCAGUGUGAGCGGUCCCUCCCCUUCCCCUGACGCCAGUGUCACCAGCAACACCCACCACUCCAUGUCGGCCUCCAGCACCCCUGGACGUGGUUUUGGGGCUGCGUCGGGUCGGGCACCCACGCCUCAGGGAAACAGCCACACACUCAAGCUGGGCAGCCCUUCAGCCCAGGGAAGCCCCAGUGUCACCUCAGGGGUCCAGGGUGCCAUGAUGUCUCCUCAUCACCAGAGCCCCAGCAUGGCAGCGAGCAGCAGCAGCUGCAGUAGCCCUCACCUCCCCCAGCAUCCUCCUGGGUCGUUCUCUCCAGUAGCCGGCCUCCACUCGCCAGCAUCUGUGUGCAGCAGCACAGGAAACGUCCAAGGGUUUAACUCCCUCAGUGCACUGCAAGCCCUGAGCCAGGGCCACAGGGUCACCCAGGGACUCACCGAGGGGCAGCAUCCAGAGUCACCUGACAGGAAGCCGGAGGGCCUUCAGAGCCCUCUUCACAGCAGCAGCGCUGGAAGCCAACGAGCCAAGAACCAUCCUAGCUUAGAGGUGGACUUGUUUGGAACUUUUGGUGAGCAGCAAGACCUGUUGUCCCAAAACCAGGAGGGUGAGCAGGGGGAAGGGAAAGACGGUGACCCAGAUAGCUUUGGAGGUAAUGGAGGCCUAGGCGAGCUUGGUGACAACCCAAACCGCCUUCUUAACACCAAAGGGCACACUAAGCUUCUCCAGCUCCUCACCACCAAGUUAGAACCCUCUGAUCCUGGCUCGCCAACCGGGCCCCUCGGGGACGACCAAAACUGUAAGGACCAGCUGGGCAGGAUUGGGGGUGUAGGUGGGGCUGGGCAUAACACCUACUCCACCUCGUUAAAGGAGAAACACAAGAUCCUCCACAGGUUGCUGCAGAACAGCACCUCGCCUGUGGAGCUUGCCAAGCUAACGGCUGAGGCUACCGGAAAAGACCCCAUCGGUCCUGAAUCAGCUACAGGGGACAGCAUGGCUGCCCUGGGUGAACUCUGCGCAAAACAGGAGCCGGGGAGUCCCAAAAAGAAGGACAACGCAUUGCUACGCUAUCUGUUGGAUAGGGACGAUAACGGCAUCCUGGAUAAAGCCAUUAAGAUGGAACCUGCCGAUGGACCAAAGCUGUCCAACAUUAAGACAGAGAAACAGGAAGUGGGGUUCAACAUGCCGGAACAGACCAGUGAGCUGGAGGACCUGCUGGAGGACCUGCAGAGCGGCGGUCAGCAACAGCCGUUCGGGGGCCAGGCACCGGCCAGAGGACCAUCCUCCUCUUCGUCCUCCUCUUCCUCUGUGCCGCCUGGUUCCUCCGCGGACAAACAGACCAUCAUCAGCGACAUCCUGCAGAUGGCCGACAGUGGCAGCAGCAGCAGCCCCCCCAACCAGCACCGAGCCUUCCCUCCAGUCGGCCCUGCAAGUACGUCUGCAACAGGAUCCUUUAACGGUGCCAGGCCGGGCCAACCAAGCCGAGGUGCUCCUCCAGUCAGGAGCAUGUCUAUGGACGGCAAUAUGGCUCCCAACCCUAACACCACCAGGCCUUUCCCCCCUCAACACAGGAACCACGGCCCCUACUCUUUAAUGCAGCAACAACAACAACAAGGCAUGAUGGGAAGUCAUGCAGCCAUGGCCAACCAAGCUGCUAUGGCCAACGCAGGCAUGAUGAGCAACGGGUCAAUGCGGGGCUCCAUGCAGCAGGGUUGGGGUCCCCAGGGACCCAUGGGGGGUACUGCAGGGCCAAUGAUGGGCCAGGGGAUCGGACCUGGUCGCAUGGUCCCCAACAUGAACAGCGGGCUGCCUACAAGAGGCCCACCUGGAUCCAGAGCUAUGGUCAACAUGCAGAUGAUGGGCAACGAGGUGGCAAACCCCACCUACACUCAGCAACAUGCUCCACCCAAUCAGACUGCACCAUGGCCAGACCGAAUGAUGAUGGAUCACUAUGGAAACCAAAGCAGGCCACCGUAUGGCAUCCCCCAGGAGGACGGGAUGGGGUGUUGCAGCACGGGGCCCGAGGGCCAGCCGGACGAAGGAGCCCUGCUGAACCAGCUGUGCUCGGUGCUAAAGGACUAUGAGGGUCUGGAGGAGAUCGACAAGAUGCUGGGAAUCCCCACGCUGGCUGGACAGGGUCCUAUGUCAGACCAAGACCAGUACCUCAGCUCCUCCGACCCAGCAGCCAGAAUGAAGCCUCCCCAAUACAGUCAACACUAUGGUGGCCAGCCAGGUUAUGGCGGCAUUCCUCCUGAUGGCGGAUUCCACGGCCCCUCUAUGAGUGGCCACAUUGGGCCGCAAAGGAUGCCACAUGCUGGUUACCCCCCAAUGAUGAGGAUGCCUGGGGCCACGGGGCCCAGACCGGCCGGAAUGAGGCCAGGGGGGCCUAAUCCAGUAGUGCAACCUCAGCCCAACAACCUGAGACUCCAGCUGCAGCACAGACUCCAGGCCCAGCUGAACCGUCAGCCAAUGGUGAACCAGAUGAGUGGAGUGUCCAAUAUGAAUCUACCUCUAAGGUCUAAUGUACCAAACCAGGGAACCCUCAACGCCCAGAUGCUGGCCCAGCGUCAGCGCGAGUACCUCAGCAACCACCUACGCCAACGCCAACAGCAGCAGCAGCAGCAGCAGCAGCAACAACAUCUGCACCACCAGCGUGCCAUGAUGAUGCGGACUCAGGGCAUCAACAUGCCGCCGAACAUGCCCAGCGGGGGCGCCGCUCCCACGCCGAUGCCCAUCGGUGGCACCAACCCGCGUCUCCCGCAGGGCAACCCGCAGCAGUUCCCCUACCCGGCCUCCAGCUACGGUACGGGCCUGCCCUCUCCUCCUCCACCUCCUCAUCCUCAUCCCGGCUCCUCCCCUCUCUCCCCCAGUCGUCAUCUGACUAGCCAGGGCAUGAUGGGAAAUGUAGGCGGGCAUUACAGCGGGGUAAUGAGUCCGCCAUCACAGCACAGUGCCUUCCAGUUCAGCAGUUCAGGAAUGAGCCAACAGCAGCAACACCAGGAUCCAGUGUCAGGCUUCCCAUGUGGGGCUGCAACCCCUCAGAGCCCUCUGUUGUCCCCCAGGAUGGGGCAGGGUCAGAGCCCCAUGCUGCAGCAGAGUCAGGGCCAACCACAACCACAACCCCAACCCCAGGGCCCGAACCAGGGAGGACCCCCCAGCUACCAGCCUAGCGCCGACCUCAACGGAUGGCCCCAACCUGCCAACAUCUCCACCAGCAACAGUGUGUACCCCCAACAGUCGCAGUCCCAGUACGCCGCACAACCCAACGGAGGAAUGUACAACGGCAACAGCAUGAACAUGGGAGUCAUGGCCAGCAAUGGUGGCAACAUGAACCAGAUGUCAGGACAGAUGAGCUCCAUGAAUACAGAGCAGGUCAGUGACAACAGCCUGAUCUUGGAUCAGCUGGCAGGAAUUGACAUGCUGACACAAGAUGGUGACGCCAAUUCUAAUUAUUGCUGACCCCAGCUGUGGUUGAGACAAGGCGACACAGGAACUCAUGAAGAAGCAGCGAGGAGUCUGGGACGAGAGACAGAAACACUGCUUCCUGUUUCACACCAGCCAACUCAGAGGCGCCAGUCAGAGAGAGGACAACCAACACAUGUAAAACCUUCUGAACUGCAUUGACUCAGUGUGGUUUCAUUCAACCUGACAUUUUAUGCAAAAAAAAAAAAAAAAGUCAGACGUUUUAGGGAAACUGCCAUCUGAACCAUCCUAACAGCAAAUGCACAAUGGGAGGAUACAUGUUAUAUUUAUCUGUACACUGUUAAUCCUCACACAAAACCUUGUUUUCAAAUGAUCAAAUUAAGGCUGAUCCCAAAAAAAAAUUACCUGUACUUUUACCAUGACAGCGUACCUGAUAAGCUGAACAUAGUCUAGAUUUCCACAGAGUUAUUUAGAUGUUUUCAAAUGAAGAAGCAAAAGAGGGUUCAUGUCCCCUGAACUGAUUUGAAGGCUUGUAAUUUAAAACAUUCGGAGGAAGUGUUGGGUUUUCACUGAAAGCAAACAGCAGCAAUAGCAAUUCAUGCUCUUCUUGCUUCAUAAAAUCAAAAGAAACAGAAAAAAGAAAACACUGAAAUAAGGGGCAACUACUAACAUCAUGUCUAAGACAGGAAGCUCUUACAUAUUCAAAAUGCUUCUACAUUUUUUGACACAAAAUGCGACAUUUUGCACCAUUUGGACAAAUUCAGUAAAACCUGCCCAUCGGCUGUUAGUGUUUGCUGUUAGUAUGUGCUCUGAUCAGAUGAAUGUGUUCCAACUCUAGUCCUCAAGUCUCUAAAGCAGUGUAUUUGUGAUAGAGCAAAUUUGUGUGUGUGUGUGUGCGUGUGUGCCUGUGUAGGUGUGUGUGUAUGUGUGUGCGUGUGCCUGUGUGUGUGUAUGUGUGUGUGUGUGUGUGAAACUGAAAUGAUGUCACAGAUUGACACUGGAGAAGCGAAUGGUUGACAAGCAUAAAUGAAACCUCUGGAUUUUAUCUUUUUAUGGUUCUAUUUCUGAGCCUGACUGAAAACGUCAAAUGAGAAGGUUUAUGAAAAAAAUAUUUCACAGGUAUUUAUAGUUUUGAAGAAAUUUUAGAGAUUCUUUGUAUGACGUAAAAAAAAAGAAAAUCAAGGAUAUCUUUCUUUAAGAAAAUCUCUCAGAAUGGUACAUUUUGAUGUCGAUUUUGAAAAUUAAUAUAUUUCAACUGCUGUAGUUACCGGGGAGCUGUAUCCCUGUUAAAUGAUUUUUUGAAUGAAGGUGAAUGUGUAUAGAUAGUGUAUAUACUUAGAUUUAUAAUACCAUUUUUCUUCUAAGUGGUGUAGCAAAGCAGCAGUUUGGAGUUUUAAUCCAACAGUUUUUCAGAGAAGAAGAAAAUGUUUCAUUGGUUGAAUUGAACCUUAGUGGGUGGAGCUAAAGAGCCACAAGACAACACGACUGCAACUGACGAAGAAACAACCUAAAUGUUAAAAUCCCAUGUCCUUAUUUCAUUUUGCUAUUGCUAUUUCACUACAGCUAUUUUGAAUUUGAAAAUUCAGCUAGGCUAACUAGCUAACUUUGUUAUCCUAGUAUCAGCAGCUUGAAACUUUCUGGUUACGCAGCCAUUAGCGAUUCCUUUUUAGCCAUUGUAAUGGCGAGAGGAUGGCAGUGACGGUUGGUCCGCCACUUUGGUUCAGAAUGAAAUAUCUUGACAAAUACGGGAUGGAUUGCCAUAAAAUUUGGAACAGACAUUCAUAAUUCUCAUAUGUGAUAUUUAAUAAAUGUGAUCCCCAGUACAGUACAGAUUCAUUUAUGACGAAAUACCUACAAAACAAAUAACUUUCGCAUUAAUGCUAACACCCUAAACUAAGAUGGUGACCACACGAUGUCUGUUGUCACGUUUCACAGACUGUCUGGAAAUCGUUUGUGUGCUCGCUCUGCCCACUGAGAUUCUACCACUGUGACUAUUUCUGCCUCCAAAGCAGCUUCGCCUCUAAACAAGAUGCGUAUAACUAAUAAUAAAACUCCAGGCUACUGCGAUCCAUUUAAAAAAAGAAAAAAAAAAAAAAGGAAAAAGUCUUUGUGUUGCGAUGUACUGGCCUGCAGGACUCACUCUUGUGUGUCGCAGGUGUGUAGCUUAAGCUCUCUGUCGUGCUGAAGGACAAUUGAAAAGCGUGUUGGUUUUGUUGUGUUGGCUCUUUCUGUGGGUGAAACUGUGACCUUUGAAUGACAAGACAUUCUUUAUGUACUCUACGAAGUAUCGGCCUGGUCCCUAUGAACAGAUUGACAGAGAUAAAUGAAACCUUUCUAUUAAACAAAGAAGAGCAGGCGAGCCAGGACGUUUACAAUCCAGAUUUAUAGAAAAGACUGGACCUUUAGCAUUUUGGGAAUAGUUUCAUUACAUCAAAUUGAAAGGUGCUCCCUUUAUUCAUUAGGUACUGUCUCACAAAAACUAACUGUAACUAGCAACAUGGACUUCUCGAAUCCCACUGGUCCAGAAACCUGUUAAGCACAAAGAUGAGGGACUACUUUUCUCUGCAGAACAAGACGAAUGUGACGGUGCAAACCGAAUGCAAAAUGAAACACUGAAAAUAAUUUUUUUUUUUUUUGGAAAACUUUGCGUUGAUCCCAUUUCCCCUUCGUUUCCCUUCAUCUUUCAGUGCAGUAAAAUUAUACGCCAGUAUGCUGCAUGUUGUAAAACCCCAAAGAUUUUUAUGAGAAAUCCUCUUAAGAGAAAAUGUAAGCCAUGGAAAUGAUCUGAAUGUCAAACUCUCUGCAAGGGUUCAAGGCAAUCAAGAGCGGAUGUAAACGCUCAUGUACAGUAACUCCUAAUGUUUUAGAUGAAGGUGAAUUAUUCUCUCUUGAUCUUGACUGAUACAGUAUACACACACACACAAACAUACAUAUAUAUAUAUAUAUAUUGAAGAUUGUUCUUGAUUCGUAGAUGGAUAUUUUAUCAAUUGCAAAAUACUGUUAUUCAUGUAAGUACCUUAAGAUGCUAAAGACAUAGCAUACUGCCUUAGAUCUGUGGUUCUGUGUGUGGUGUAUAACUGUAAGGUUUACAGGUGUAUUAUAUGUGUCACACACUACUGAGUGAGUGUUUUACCACUUCGUACCGUAGGUGUACAACCAGGAUUUUUUAUAUUUUCUCCCAAGAAAUGACACUGUACAACAUGUGUUAACCUGUCUAUCAGGUCAUGCAAAUCACAAUAAUACUUUGUUAGCGUAAAUUAUUUUGUUCAUAGUUUCCCUGUACAAUGCAACAGGGAGGGUCUCCCUUACUAACACAGUGUUUUUGGUGCAUAAAGGGGUAUUCAGUCAUUUUUGACCUUUGCUGACCUGCUGGUGACCAGUAGGAACAGCAGCAACAGCGGUUUAUCUCUAGCUGACAUUUGGGCUGUAAAUGACAAUAAUAUAGUCAAAUAUGCAUCUAGCCCUGAUGCAGGACUGUAUCACUGCUAAAAUUAAGAUCCCAUUUCUGAUAUUAAAUGCUUAUAAAAUCUCACAGUGAACAAACUUUGAAAAUAUAAAAGGUAAACUUCUCUGUAACGGUUUCACAUAUGAUAUCGGUUAUGUGUAGGGCUGAGUAUCAUUAUGCAUUUAACAAAUUUAUAUUUAACAAAAGAUGAUAAAGGUUCUCAAAUGUUGAAUCUCAUAGCCAUAUAGGGAUGUUUCCUAAAUAAACAAGAGUAAAUUAGCCUAAAAGUGGCUAAAAGAGUAAUUUAACUCUGGAACAGAAACAUGAUAGAUCUUGAUACAGUAAUAAAGUUUGAUAUCCAGCCCUAGUUAUGUGGAAAGAAGCAAAAAUGCGACUUACGCUGAUGCAUGUGCCAAGUAAUGUGAAAAUGAAUGUAAAAUCCAGUGUGGAAUAUACAGUACUUUCUUUCUUUCUCACCACUUGGUUGAGUUAUAUUUCCAAUUUCCAAUUCUUCCUCCUUUUUCUAUCACUAGAUGGCGCCAAAGUCAAAUCUUACACUUAGUGGCUUUAAUCUUGCACAAGCUGUGCUGGCAUGCAUAAAACAAUGGCUGUAGGCAAUAAAUUAAAUUCCUUACUUUUAUUAUUUUGUUAGUGUUGUAAUAAAACUGCAUCAGGGCCGGAAGGCAUUAGAUUAAUCAUUCAGUCCUGAUCUAACAUCCCUGAUUUAAACACUGGAAUAAUAAAAAUGCUUUCUCCUUUUGCUUUAGUGAGCCUUUGUAGACAAAACAUUUAUAUAGAUAAUCAAUACAUCCAGAGAAAUUGAUUUGCUUUUUCUUUUAGGCUAUGAAGUUUUUAAAAAAAUGUACUUAUUAUAUUAUCCCCUUUAAAUAAUAUUUUAAAAGCUAUAUACAUCAGGAUUAGGCCACUGUAAAAUGUUACUUCUGAGUUUCCCUGUGAUCAGCUGUCGGUUGUACUGUACGUAAAGCCAGUUUGAUUGAAAUGUUUCCCAGUUCAUUGGUAUUUCAGAGCAAUAGGUCAAAGCUGAAGGAGAGUUUAGGUGUUCAAAGAUCACUGUUUGCAGUUCAAGAGAUUUUUUUUCUUCUUUUUUUUUUUAAUGAUCCUCUCUGCUGUGAUGUUCAUAUUAAACAUCUCAGCGGUGACAAAGUCCAGUACAGUUUAUUCAGAGUGUGAGUGUUUUAUUAUGCAAAAGUCCAGACGUUCACACCACUUUAUGCAAGCUGUUGACUCUAAUGUUGCUUUUGCCAAUGCUACUCGUUAAUUUAUGAUUCAUGCCACUGUAAAUAAAUUAUUUUUAUUGAA